CUUGACUGGCAUAGAGUCCAUGGACCAAUGUCGUCACACGCUGGAGCAGCACAACUGGAACAUAGAGGCAGCUGUACAGGACCGACUGAAUGAGCAAGAGGGUGUCCCAAGUGUCUUCAAUCCUCCUCCGUCGCGGCCGUUGCAGGUCAAUACAGCCGACCACAGGAUCUACAGCUACGUUGUCUCAAGGCCGCAGCCAAGGGGCUUGUUAGGAUGGGGUUACUACUUCAUAAUGCUUCCAUUCCGAUUUACCUAUUACACAUUACUUGAUAUAUUUAGGUUUGCUCUGCGUUUUAUACGCCCUGAUCCUCGUAGUCGGGUCACUGACCCAGUGGGUGACAUUGUUUCGUUUAUUCAUAUGUUUGAGGAAAAAUAUGGGAGGAUACACCCUGUCUUCUACCAGGGAACUUACAGCCAGGCACUGAACGAUGCCAAGCGGGAGCUGCGCUUCCUGUUGGUUUAUCUUCAUGGAGAUGACCACCAAGACACAGAUGAAUUCUGCCGCAAUACACUGUGCGUACCUGAGGUGAUCACCCUCAUAAACACUAGAAUGCUCUUCUGGGCUUGCUCAACCAAUAAACCAGAGGGAUACAGAGUCUCCCAGGCUCUGCGAGAGAACACGUACCCAUUCCUGGCCGUGAUUAUGCUGAAGGAUCGCAGAAUGACAGUAGUUGGACGGCUAGAAGGCCUCAUCCAGGCUGAUGACCUCAUUAAUCAAUUGAUGUUUAUCAUGGAUGCCAACCAGACGUAUCUGGUGUCUGAACGCCUGGAAAGGGAGGAGAGGAACCAAACCCAAGUUCUGAGGCAGCAGCAGGAUGAGGCAUAUCUGGCAUCCUUGCGUGCGGACCAGGAAAAGGAGCGCAAGAAGAAGGAAGAAAGGGAGAGGAAGAAGAAGAAGGAAGAAGAAGUGCAGCAGCAAAAACUAGCAGAGGAGAGGCGGCGACAGACACUGCAAGAGGAGAAGGAGCGGAAGUCUGAAUGUCUUCCUCCUGAACCACAUCCUGAUGACCCAGAGAGUGUUAAGAUCAUUUUCAAGCUGCCUAACGAUUCCAGAGUGGAGCGGCGAUUCCACUUCACACAGUCAUUGACGGUGAUCCAUGACUUCUUGUUCUCCUUGAAAGAAAGCCCUGAAAAGUUCCAGAUUGAGGCCAACUUCCCUCGCCGUGUCCUGCCGUGCCUCCCUACAGAGGAGUGGCCCAACCCACCCACGCUGCAGGAGGCCGGACUGAGCCACACGGAAGUCCUCUUUGUGCAGGACCUCACGGACGAUUGACACUUUUCCAGAAGACACAAAAUGGAAAGAGAAAUUCAUAUUAUUAUUAUAAUACAAUAUUUUUUUUAAAAGACUGCAUACAAACGAGGGAUCAGAGACCACAUCGCCUGUGCCAGCUGUGCUGUGUGUGUGUGCUGGCGAGAGGAAGUGUGUGCACGUCCUCACACACCUGUGUGCACAGCCAUCCCCUACACUUGGAGGGCAGAGAGGGAGGGGAGCUGGUGUUGCCCCUCCACCCUUCCUGGGGAGGAACAGGAAUGGCAGCUCUUGGUAAUUAUUGCUUUUAUUGACAACGAUAAUAAUAAAACCCCAACAACCUGACAUCUUGUGAAGAUUUGAUACUCUGCUGCUCCUGCCAGCCAGAAGACCAGGCACCUGAAUGUGCUGGGAGUGGGGUGGGGGGGAGAGGCUGGAUGGAACCUCUUCAGCUUCCCUCUGUGUAUAAAUACCUUUCUUUUAAUAUUUCUCUUGCUUUGUAAUGACCAAAGGAGAAUGGGGGUUGACCAUAGUAUUAACUUUUUGAUAAAGAGCUGGUUCGAUUCUUACCCGUGUGGGGUUGUGCCCAGGGUUCUUAGCCUGUGUAGUGUAAUAAACUCUGCCUCUAGCA